AAUGGCCGAGUACAACAGCCAACAGAUGAGCCAAGGUUAUGGAGUGGCGGAAAUGGGCCACUCUCCUGCUACGAUGCAGAGGAUCCAAGCGCAGCAUCCAUCACCUCAACAGCAGGUGCGUUGAAAAGUGAUGAGUGUUGUGAUGCGUUGUCGUUGAUUUAUGAAUUGGCCGUCAAGCAUUCACAUAUCAUGCAAGGAGCACAAAUCAUAACUCAGCAACAGGUAAUGGCUCAGGUACCUCAGCAAUCGGUCAUGUCUCAAGUGCCUCAACAACAAGUUAUGAUGCAAUCUAAUCAACAAUCAAUGCAAAUGCCCACUUUUCCAACAUAUGAAUCCACUUCAUUGUCAACUUUGCAAUCGAAAAUCACAGUGAAAUCUGAUCAUAUCAAAAUGAGUUGUAUGCGUCUAUGUUUAGGCACAAGCAUGAAUAUAGGGACAAGUGUGAAUAUGCAUCAAAUGGCUCCUCAGAUGGGAGUAUCUUCGAUGGUCACACAGCCAGGCGUCACUCUGAUGAACCAAUCUGCACAAAUGCAGCAACAGCAAGGUUUUCGUUUGAUGUUAACGUCACCGUCAUCACAACACCAGCAACAAAGCAGCCAGUCUCAUAUGAUGGCGUCAGCUAUGAGCAGUCAAUCACAACUGCUCAACCAAAUGAAUCAACAGUCGCAACAGCAACAUCAGAUCGUGCAACACUCGCCACAGAUUAUGCAACAUCAACCGACAAUUACUUCACAGUCACAGUCGCAAUCACAACAGAAUUCUAGUCCAGGUGGUUUUGGAUCACAUUUAGCACAAGGACGACCACCAAGCGCAAGUUAUCAGCAAGGACCUCCAAUUCAUCGACUACCUGCACCACGCUUCCCUACACCGAGUCCCGAUAAUACUACUCAUAACACAAACAUUUAUCGACCGGUUAUGCAGCGUGGUCCAGUGACGCCAAGACUCAUGGGACAAUCGCCAGCUAUUCGCCAAGCACUAGGCCAUUUACCGUCGACCUCUUCUGCUCCUUGUAUUUCAGCUACAACAACUGACAGAAACACGCCACCGAACAGCAACGCACGAAUACUUGGCAAGGAUGCGCUCGAAGCAUUCAUAAAGUCUGUGGAUCCAACAGAGACAGUUGAGGAAGAUGUUUCGGAAGCGCUCAUUCAGUUGGUCGAUGAAUUUGUUAAUGAUCUCGUCGAUCAGUCUGCAAAGGUCGCCAAGCAUAGGAAUGCUCCAAUGAUGGAAGUUAAAGAUGUGGAAUAUGUGCUAGAAAAACGCUUCAGUUUGUUUGCUGCACCCGAUGCACCACAAAGCGGACAUACGGCUGAACACAGUCCCUACACGAAGUCUCCCAGUACAGAAGCGCAUCGUCAGCGUAUGCAACUUAUCAAAAAAUUUGUUCAAAAACCAUAA